CGGGGUGGGAAAACUCUGGGGAAAAUGUUUUUCGUCGUUGGUCAGCGAACGAUAAAGCCUUGACAACGCUGCUCGUUUGAAAAAUUUACAUCAUGUGCCCAGUUAUUGCAAGAUCGGCGUCGCCUUUUUUCUUUUUUGAGGAAGCGGUCUUUUAUGUUGUUGGACCGGUGGUCUUCUCUCGAAUCUUAAACACCCCCCUCCCAACGUUGCAUCACCUUUCCCAGGCGCCGAAAGCAAACGAAUCCAAAAAUUAACCAUGUGUGGUGUAUCCGCGCUCCUUUUGGGCGACACAAAAGCCCAGUCAGCCGCUGUCGACCUGCACGAGUCUCUGUACUUUCUUCAGCACCGUGGGCAAGAUGCGGCCGGUAUCGCCGUCUGCCAAGGCGGCAGGGUCUAUCAGUGCAAGGGCAACGGCAUGGCCGCCAAGGUGUUCGACGAGGGCCGAAAGACGGCCGACCUACCGGGCUUCAUGGGAAUCGCCCACCUGAGAUACCCCACCGCUGGAACUUCGUCGGCGUCCGAAGCCCAGCCUUUCUACGUGAACUCCCCGUUCGGUCUCUCCAUGAGCGUCAACGGAAACCUUGUCAACAGCCCUGAGCUCAUCAGCUUCUUGGACCGCGAGGCUCGCCGCCACGUAAACACCGACUCGGAUUCGGAACUGCUGCUCAACGUCUUUGCUCAUGCCCUUUACGAGCUGAACAAGGCCCGAGCAAACGUGGACGAUGUGUUUACCGCUCUUCGCGAGGUUUAUGCGAGGUGCCACGGCGCAUUUGCGUGCACUGCUAUGAUCGCAGGAUUUGGCAUCCUGGGUUUCCGUGACCAAAACGGCAUCCGCCCGCUUUGCCUAGGCUCCCGCCCGUCGACAACUCUGGAGGGCGCUACAGACUACUUCCUGGCUUCCGAAUCGGUCUCGCUGACCCAGCUGGGCUUCAGCAACAUUGUGGACAUUCUUCCCGGACAGGCCGUCUUCAUCCGCAAGAACGGUACCCCCGAGUUCCGCCAGAUCGUGGAGAGGAAGUCCUACACCCCAGACAUCUUUGAAUUUGUUUACUUUGCCAGGCCCGACAGCCACAUUGACGGAGUGUCGGUACACCGCAGCCGGCAGAACAUGGGCUUGAAGUUGGCCAAGAAGAUGAGGGAAACGCUUAGCGAACAGGCAAUCAAGGAGAUUGACGUCAUAAUCCCGGUUCCCGAGACAAGUAAUACCUCGGCAGCUGUACUGGCUACAGAGCUGAACAAGCCCUUCUCGAACGCAUUCGUCAAGAACCGCUACGUCUACAGGACAUUUAUCCUCCCUGGUCAGCAGGCCCGACAAAAGAGCGUUCGCCGCAAACUUUCUCCGAUCGCAUCCGAGUUCAACGGCAAGGUUGUAUGCUUGGUGGACGAUUCGAUUGUGAGGGGAACUACCUCGCGCGAGAUUGUCCAGAUGGCGAGGGAGGCCGGUGCAACCAAGGUUCUUUUCGUCUCAUGUAGUCCCGAAGUGACGCAUCCUCACGUCCACGGUAUCGACCUUGCCGACCCGGCUGAGCUUAUUGCUCAUGGAAAGACAAGGGAGGAAGUCGCCACGCUCAUCGACGCAGACGAGGUUGUGUAUCAGUCUCUUGACGAUCUCAAGGCCGCAUGUUUUGAUGCAGCCGGACCCAACAACGACGUCAAUGAUUUUGAGGUCGGUGUCUUUUGUGGCAAGUACAAGACAGAGGUUCCGGAAGGCUAUUUUGAGCACCUCAGCCGCGUCCAGGGCGCCAAGAAGAAGGCCAAGGCUGUUGCAAAUGUUGCCAGCAGCGGGCCAACAAAUGAUAGCCGAAACGGACUAAUGAGCCCUGAACAUCGGGAAGACAUCAGUCUUCACAACUUCGCAACCAAACCUUGAAGGGUGUUGAAUGAGGUGAUGGGACGGGCUGGCUUCAAGCUUGGGUAAUCACGAUUUGGCUUCCAUGCAUUUAUUCUUGGGCAAAUAAUUCGGUCAAAAUGGUAGCUACUUGUCAUGGCGCAUUAGCAAACUUUAAAUGAAAGCCUAGCCAGCCUUGGUCAUACAAGGAAGGGGACAGGAAAUUUCUGUUUUUCUGCGCUGCAAUUUCAUCUCAAGGGCUCACGGUGAACAGCGUAUUUUGGUAAAUAUGCUCCCAGUAAAUAAAGUGGCACGAGACCUGAAAAGAACGAGAUAUACAUGGUGAUGGUACAAAUGCCGAUAACAGUGAUGCCCC